GUAGUCUUAAAAAGUGCUAAAUAGUUAUUUUGCACGGAUCUUCACUUGACAAGGUCAUCUUAACAAGUGCUAAAUAGUUAUUUUGCACAUAUCUUCAUCAAAAGUGCUAAAUAGUUAUUUUGCACAGAUCUUCACACGACAAGGUCAUCUUAAAAAGUGCUAAAUAGUUAUUUUGCACGGAUCUUCACACGACAAGGUCAUCUUAAAAAGUGCUAAAUAGUUAUUUUGCACGGAUCUUCACACGACAAGGUCAUCUUAAAAAGUGCUUUAAACACUAUUGUUGGUAUUUUUAUUGAUUUUUAAAUGGGUAACGUGUGGUCCCCGGUUGUUGAGAGUAGCACAAUCUCUAUUUUGCCGGAGCUCAGUUUUGAGAGCUUUGGCCCGAGGCACAGAGACUUUGGGUCUCAACUCAGUUUGCCCUCGGUGCUGUUGAGCCCAAAUGAGCCCAUCACAAGGCCCAGCAGUGCGCCCAGUAAUUUGGGUUAUCAAAGGGGCAGAGACUUUAAGUUGGAGAGCCCUGGAGAACGGCACAGAGACUUUGGGUCUCGUCUGAGUCUGCCCUCCAUUUUGUUGAGACCCAAAAAGGUGCUCAGAGGCUUUAGGAGUGUGCCAAGCGAUUUGGCCUAUGAGUUUAAUCCCUGGCCUCAGAUCGUUGACGAUGCACAUCAGAUCAUUGAUGCACCCGUUGAUGCACAUCAGAUCAUUGAUGCACCCGUUGAUGCACCUCAGAUCCUUGAUGCACCUGUUGAUGCACCUCAGAUCCUUGAUGCACCUGUUGAUGCACCUCAGAUCCUUGAUGCACCUGUUGAUGCACCUCAGAUCCUUGAUGCACCCGUUGAUGCACCUCAGAUCCUUGAUGCACCCGUUGAUGCACCACCAGCUCAUAAAUGGGAUGAACUGAGCUGUUAUCUUCUGGUGACACAGUUGAUAUUGAGUAUUGUGAAAGACUCAGUAACGAGAAUUUCCCCGGAGGACAUGGAAGUCAUGACUAGGACCUUGUACCAGAAGCUCUGGGUGGACAUGCAAACAAUUAACAUUGCUGUCCAACCUAAAUCUCACCACAUUGAAAAGAUUGCCAGGGCCGUGCACAAGGACCUGUGCACGUUGAUGGGGGAUGCAGAGUGGGUGCAGAGGUAUCUGCUGUUGAAGAAAGAGGAAUUUGACCAGCUUGUGAUUCAGACCCUAAAAACAUAUCUGGUGAAAGCAAAGAGCAGCUGUCUCAAAAGGUUUUUUAGAGCUGUGGUCAAGCCGUUUACCUGCUGCUGCAGAUCCGCCCGCCAGUACUAGUCCCUGGUCCUCAGGACAGGUCUCAAAGGACCACACAGGUAUGUGGCCUCGCAGUAACGAUAGGUCCGGCACCUCUUUGCUGUGAGGGGAAUGGCAUCUUUAAAGUACGCCGAUAUUGUAAGCUUUUAAAGUUGAACAAGUUUAAGCGGAUUUGAAGAUUUUCUCCAUAGGAUCCCAUUCAAAAUAUUAAUCCUAAUUAUCAUAAAUAAUUAAGGUAAAAGGAGCUUUAGACUCCUCAGGGACUUGAGGUCUCAAAGGACCACACAGGUAUGUGGCCUCGCAGUAACGAUAGGUCCGGCACCUCUUUGCUGUGAGGGGAAUGGCAUCUUUAAAGUACGCCGAUAUUGUAAGCUUUUAAAGUUGAACAAGUUUAAGCGGAUUUGAAGAUUUUCUCCAUAGGAUCCCAUUCAAAAUAUUAAUCCUAAUUAUCAUAAAUAAUUAAGGUAAAAGGAGCUUUAGACUCCUCAGGGACUUGAGGUCUCAAAGGACCACACAGGUAUGUGGCCUCGCAGUAACGAUAGGUCCGGCACCUCUUUGCUGUGAGGGGAAUGGCAUCUUUAAAGUACGCCGAUAUUGCAAGCUUUUAAAGUUGAACAAGUUUAAGCGGAUUUGAAGAUUUUCUCCAUAGGAUCCCAUUCAAAAUAUUAAUCCUAAUUAUCAUAAAUAAUUAAGGUAAAAGGAGCUUUAGACUCCUCAGGGACUUGAGGUCUCAAAGGACCACACAGGUAUGUGGCCUCGCAGUAACGAUAGGUCCGGCACCUCUUUGCUGUGAGGGGAAUGGCAUCUUUAAAGUACGCCGAUAUUGCAAGCUUUUAAAGUUGAACAAGUUUAAGCGGAUUUGAAGAUUUUCUCCAUAGGAUCCCAUUCAAAAUAUUAAUCCUAAUUAUCAUAAAUAAUUAAGGUAAAAGGAGCUUUAGACUCCUCAGGGACUUGAGGUCUCAAAGGACCACACAGGUAUGUGGCCUCGCAGUAACGAUAGGUCCGGCACCUCUUUGCUGUGAGGGGAAUGGCAUCUUUAAAGUACGCCGAUAUUGUAAGCUUUUAAAGUUGAACAAGUUUAAGCGGAUUUGAAGAUUUUCUCCAUAGGAUCCCAUUCAAAAUAUUAAUCCUAAUUAUCAUAAAUAAUUAAGGUAAAAGGAGCUUUAGACUCCUCAGGGACUUGAGGUCUCAAAGGACCACACAGGUAUGUGGCCUCGCAGUAACGAUAGGUCCGGCACCUCUUUGCUGUGAGGGGAAUGGCAUCUUUAAAGUACGCCGAUAUUGCAAGCUUUUAAAGUUGAACAAGUUUAAGCGGAUUUGAAGAUUUUCUCCAUAGGAUCCCAUUCAAAAUAUUAAUCCUAAUUAUCAUAAAUAAUUAAGGUAAAAGGAGCUUUAGACUCCUCAGGGACUUGAGGUCUCAAAGGACCACACAGGUAUGUGGCCUCGCAGUAACGAUAGGUCCGGCACCUCUUUGCUGUGAGGGGAAUGGCAUCUUUAAAGUACGCCGAUAUUGUAAGCUUUUAAAGUUGAACAAGUUUAAGCGGAUUUGAAGAUUUUCUCCAUAGGAUCCCAUUCAAAAUAUUAAUCCUAAUUAUCAUAAAUAAUUAAGGUAAAAGGAGCUUUAGACUCCUCAGGGACUUGAGGUCUCAAAGGACCACACAGGUAUGUGGCCUCGCAGUAACGAUAGGUCCGGCACCUCUUUGCUGUGAGGGGAAUGGCAU